GGUAACUAAGUCACAUGAUCAAUCAACUCAGGGCAGCCAUUUUGUUUCAAGCAAGAGAUUGAGAGUUUACUUAUACUGCGAAAUUCGAUUAGUAUUUGGCGAAGGUUGCUUUAAACUCGUUCCAAACUGCCUCUCACCUCGCUAUUUAAGUUAAAGCUUAGCUUGAACGGAGAGUUUUCUAUUUCCAGCGAUGAGUAGGAGUUGCCAAGUUUAUAUGGGGCGACUGCCGUACGGCACGAAGGAACGCGACAUCGAAAAAUUCUUCCGCAACUAUGGAAGAUUGCGAGAAAUCAACUUGAAGAAUGGUUAUGGGUUUGUGGUGAGUCUUUCUCAGCUACACUAUUUCGCUUUUUAGUCAUUACUAAAAUUUAAAGGUUUUUGCAUGGCCGGUGUGGACCACAAUUUGCUCAACACAUGCAUACUUCGUAUUGUAGCUUUACACAAACCUUAAUUUAAGCUUAAGUUAUGCAUGGACGGUGUUUGUAUUAAAAUUUGGACAACUCACCCCUUGUACAAUUAGCCCUGGACUACCAGCCCACAAUCUUUAGGCAAUUCGCCCCCAAACAUAUAUUUCCAUAGAAAGAAAAAACUUGGCCAUUUUGCUCUAGCGCGCCUACUCCUGCAGAAGACUUCUUCCAAUUUAUUUCUUGUGAAAUUGAUAAACUGAAGAGUUGCAAUAUGUCGUUGUCUGUUUAAUCAAGGUCUUAGCUUUCUUUACUACCUGCUAAGUGUUCCACCUACAAGAGUCAAGGAGAUUUAAGCAUUGUUAAGCCAAAAUGAAUGCUUUAAAGUGCAAUGGUACAGAAUCAAAAGAGCAGUUUCAUAGCAGGUACUUGAAAUUUUGGAUUUGGUUUUUUACAUCACAGUUGGGCUACAUAUAGUUAAUUCAUAACACGACUGUUGAGGGUACUAAAAGUUUUAAUCCUGCAUGUACUUACAGUAGAGCUGACAGUUUUGUCUAUCAUGGAAUAAACUUUCUGAGAAUCAUCGAAAUAAAUUUGUCUAAAGUAGCAUACAGUGUAUGUGUUUUUGUAUUGGGGGCUAAUCAUAUAGAGGUUGGGGGCUAAUAGUCCAUGGCUAUUGUCUGUAGUGCAUUUUAUCUUAAUAUUAAUUCAUUAAUCUUUCAUGAUCAAGGAAUUUGAAGAUUCAAGGGAUGCAGAAGAUGCAGUUUAUGAGUGCAAUGGAAAAGAAAUGAUGGGAGAAAGGUAAGACAUAAGUGCUUAUCAUGGUUCAGCGAUGAAACACUCACAGUGAAAGAUCAUCUUCCAAUACAAGAUCUUAAUCUAAAAACGUAUAUUGUGUUCCUUUAUUUCAGAAUUAUAGUUGAGCCGUCACGUGGGACAGCUAGAGGUGCUGGUGCCAGUGGUGGCCGCAAGUCCAGGGCCAGAGAUAAGUGAGUGCACAAUUUUUCUUUAUAGUUACAAAAUUAUUUUGCCUGUUACAUUUUGUAUUUUCAAGAAGGUGAUGUUGCAGUCUCACCGGAACUGAUCCUCUAUAAGUGUCUUGUAUCUAAUGGCUCAAUCAAAUCCAAGAUGAAUCAAAAUGAAUCAACUUUAGCCUUCUGGAGACUAAGGCUUAAAAGAAGAGUGUAAUUCUUCCUUCUAUAACCAUACAUUCUGUGGGAUACUAAAAAACCCCACACACUGUUCUUGAAGCGUAAGGCACAUCUCUCCAGUGGUGGAGGGACUGUUACGGGCCUGCAGUGGUUGGCGACAUGCACUGUAACUGUGACCCUGCAAAAGUUUGCAAACCUUAGUAAAUAAGAGCCAAGUAAGAAGUUAUUUAACCAUAUCGAAACUGGUCUAUGUUGAACAUUGUUUUUGCUUAAAUCUGUUGUCUUACUAGGUAUGGUCCCCCAGUAAGAACGCCAUGGAGAAUUACUGUUGAAAACUUAUCAACCCGUGUUAGUUGGCAGGUUAGUGAGGAAUAAGUAACUUGUUCCUCCAAUUGAGGAAAAAGCCAAAUCCCCUUUUUAUGAGCUGUUUUUAAAAUAAUAAUUUACUGUAAUAGUAAUAAUAAUUUACUUAAAAUGUUGUGAGCCAUUGUAAAGGCAUUAACUUGAUGAGCAGGGUCACUUCUUAAAGAGACUUGCCAUAGCAGCUGUCUUACAGACUAUAAACGUGGUAUUCACUACCUUGCGAGACUUGCCGUAGCAGCUGUCUUAUAGACUUUAAACGUGGUAUUCACUACCUUGCCUACCAAUAUUUUUAGUUACAAGAUGCACCAUGAAGGGUGACAUGAAGGUAGUCACAGAGGCAUAGAUGAUUACACGUACACCCCUUUGAUACAAUGAUGGUUUUGAUGCUCAGAUGUCAUCAGAAGUCAAUACACACAGUCAUGACAAGAUGCAAAUUUCACAAAGGCAUGAUGCAAAAAAACUUCAUGGCCGAUGAUGACAGACGUACACGAACCUUCUGAUUUCAAAAUGACUCAGACGAUGGACCUCUGUAAAAUUGAUGCUGUAGUACUUUGCUUUUCUCGUCAUGAUUGACUGCCCUGAACGUUUUGUGAUUACUGGCGAGACAGAAUUGAAUUUUUCUUUUUGGCCGACUGUGUUGUACAACAGAAAGAGUGCAGAUGCAAAGGUGUUACUGAUUAAGAAAGCUUGGUAGUUACCCAAAUACCCAAAUCCAAAUGUGGAGGAGAAAAUUCCCAAUUUCAUUUUGCAAAAUACUGAAAAGCUUGCCAAAGAGAAAGGUCACAUUAGGAUUUAUCCACAGAUUCAAAAAUUAAAAUACACUCCAUAUAUCCACAUGUGUAGUUGUGUGUGGAAGUAAAAUAGCUAUGGUAGAAUAAUGAAAACAGAUUAGGUUUCCUUCCUUUUUGACAGUGUUAACCAUAACAAGGAGGUUUAAGGUUCAGUACAAGUUUAAAAAUCUUGGUGGUAUUACUUGACAGUCUAGACUAAAGUAAUAUGGCAGGCUGAUAGUAUUUUGCAAAAUUUAAUUUCAAAGAUCUUAGUGCAGGAGCAUGGUGCUACAGGGUUGUUUUUUCUCAAGUGUGACUGUUAUUACUAGGAUCUCAAAGACUAUGUGCGCCAAGCAGGCGAGGUGACAUAUGGAGAUGCACACAAGCAAAGGAAAGGCGAAGGGUAAGUGAAACUGCUGGAAUACUGCAUACUAUCUAUAUAAUAUAGGAAAUUGAGUUAAUGUGAAUAGGGUUUUACUGUCAAAGCAUCACAGAUGUACAGUUGAAAAAAAUCAUUACAGGUGCUCAUUGCAGGUGUAUAUGUGUCUUUUUGUAGAAAUAAUGGGGAGGAGGAGGAUGUUAAUGUCAAUAGUGUUGUUGUUAACUAUAAGAUUGUUGUGUCAUCUUUGUUUUUAAUUUAACAAACAGAUUCCAUGUUGCCGUGCGUCUUUUCAGUAACAGAUCACAGAUGAUGUCAAAAUGUGGUAAAAACAAAGAAGUGGCACAUGAACCGCAGGCGAGUGCAUGUCACUAAUGUUUUUACCACAUUUUGACGUCUUCUGUGAUCUAUUACUGAACAGACCCACGGCAACAUGGAAUCUGUUUUGUUUUAUACAAUGAUGCAGAAAAGAAAAAAGACCGAUACACAUACCUGCCUUGUAAUUCUUGGCUGUUCAAGGAUUUGAGCUAGUUUAGGCAUUUUUUAAGUUCCAAAUGCUACUUUUCAUCUCUGCUUCUUCUUUUUUUGUUAUCUUAUUCUUGAAUACAGUUUCUUCGAAGAGUUUUUCCUAAUCUUUUCUUGCUUAAAGCAGAAUGAUGGAGAAAUCAUUUUGCAAAACAGCGAGUCUCUCGAAGCGAUGACACGCAAUGGCAACUGUCGUAAAGAUUUCUUUCAGUUUACACAUUCUCAAGUUGUCAAGAACUCUUUUUGCCUCCAUUUCACAUUUUUUUUCGUUGUAAAUAGCUCCUGCUAAACUUUUUUUCGAGGCUUUCACUAGCCUGCGGGGAGCAGACGCUGGAUGAAACAGGAGCCGAAAAAAGCAUUCAGACCAUUAUAUAAAGCUGUAUAAUUGCUUACGGUGGUCUUGGUAACCCAAUAGGUUCAUUUGUGUAUAGCAGUAUGUAUUGAUCAAAAUAUAUCCCUUAAGUACUUAUAGCACCUCAGUCAAGGUGUUUGCAAGUGCAAGAAGAGAUUAUAACCACUCGCUGCCUUUAGAACCCUAGAGUUUGCAACCAAAAGAGACUUGAAGAGGGUGAUGAAAAAACUUGAUGGGACUGAAUUAAAUGGAAAGCGUAUCAAGCUUGUUGAUGUAAGUGAAGUCAUAUUUUAUUUACCAUUAACUUCGUAACAUGUACCUUUAAUCUGAACAAGUGUGCAUUAAAUGAACUUCUUGUUACCCUGAGAAAAGAGUCGAAAUUUCGCGACGCCACCACUGGUUUCCUCGCAAAAUGAUGUCUGAGAAACGAGCGCUGAAAUUCCUUACUGAUGACGCAUAACUAUCCAGAUCUGUUUAGGGCUACUGAUUGGUCCUGCCGCGUGGGAAAUUUGCUUCAGCCAAUCAGAAACUCUACCCAGAUCUGGGUAGUGACACGUCAGUAUGGAAUUUCUGCUCUCGUUACGCAGACGUCAUUUCGCUGGGAAACCGGCGGUGGCGUCGCGAAAUGUCGGCUGUUUUCUCAGGCUAACUUCUUGUCCACAUUUUCCAUCUCUUCCUUGUCAGGUUAUCUGUGUGGCUCAAAUUGUUUAUUAUCAUUUUUGUAGGAAAGUCCACGUUCUCGAUCUCGUUCUCGUUCUCGAUCAAGAAGCCGCUCCAGAUCCAAAAGACGGUCGCGAUCCAAGUCGCGUUCUGCUUCACAAUCACGCCACCACCGUUCUAAAUCACGAUCACGUUCUAGAUCACGAUCCCGAUCGCCACGACGUAAAUCGCAUUCCAAGUCGCGCUCAAGGUCCAGGUCGCGAUCCCGUUCACGAUCUCCGCGCAAAUCCAAGUCCCGAUCACGUUCACGUUCACGCUCUCGAUCUCGAUCACCCAGAAAUGAUAAAGAAGCAUCUGCGGAACCGGAAGCUGAUGAUAAUCAGAAUCAUAAUUCAGCAGAAGGAGAUCGGGCCGGUGAAGCUGAUGAUGCUGAGUGAUAAGAUGUCAUUUUCUUGACGUUUCUCUCUAAGAGACUUGUCAUGGCUAUUUUUUUUCUUUUUACUCUCUACAUUAGUGUAGAAGCUUUCGUAUUCGAAUCGACGGCGUCAGAAGGACUGGUUAGACUAUUUAUAUCACCACAUUUUGAACUGUGUUGAUGCAGAUAUGACAUUUCAUUUUAAAUAGAAGUUGAACUGUACAGAUGCGGAAAGCUCUAUAAUGAGCGAAGAACGUUUUGUAAUUCACCAUAGGUAACUAACAAUAAGCACUGCAAUUAAAUAACCUUUUGCACCUUAAGUGGAACUUUUGUUUGGAAGUGAACUGGUUUAGUAGUAGGCAGUAAUUUCAGCUUGACACACCAGAGAAUUUUAUCUGGUAUUGCAAUUAGUAGUUAAAAACUAACUGUCGCUGCAACACUCACCCGCCC